ACCGAGGGUCCUCCCACGCUCCUUAUAUUUGUAUUAUACCCUCACUAUGUUCCUUUCUUCUCCUAGCACUUGCCCUUUCUAAUGCCUCUAUCGUAUCGCCAUGUCCGAUGACGUGAAUCAGACAGAGGGCUCCUUCAUCGAACAGAAAGAUGACAUAAUCCAAGACGUUCUGGAAGAAGAAGAUCUGUAUAAAAUUUUAGGCGCUGCGAGGAAUGCUUCCGCAGCGGAAUUGCGACGAUGUUAUCUCGAAAGAUCAAAAAUAUGCCACCCAGAUAAACCUCCUUUUCAUCCAUUGUCCACCAGUGCCUUCCAGAGACUCGGCUUCGCGUUCGAUAUCCUCAAAUCCCCCAGCACCCGACGAACCUAUGACCGAGCUUCUAAACCCACCUCUUCCCAAUUACCAGACAAAACCACCUUCCUCGGCGGCGAACAUACCUUCCGCAGCGCCGUCGAAGCCAUCCUCCACGAGUUCAUGACCGGAGAUUUCGUGAUCGUGCGACGAUGGCUAGAAUCACUACACGCACAGUACCCCCACCUUGUCAGCGAAGAAGUAGUCAUCAAUGUCGAACGCUCGUUCAUCCGAAUACGCGAAUUGGUACUAACGACGAGGACAUAUGCGCUUUUGGUAUACAUUGAAUUGGGGCGGAUACAUCGGGUGCAGAAACGGUUGAUGGGCUUAGGAUAUUUUGAUGUUGUGGGGAGGGCGAGACUUACAAUUCAUCUUGUGAGGGUUACCUUGGCGGUGCCGAUGAGGGUUGAUCGUGCCCUCAAGCAGAGAGAGGAGAAAGCCUGGAGAGCAAAAUGCGCCGGUUUACAAGCUAGAGGCAUCACGCCAACUGAAACCAUGGGAAGAGCAGGGAUUCUUAAUGAGCGGAUGAGCAAGGUUUUGGAGUUUAUUGUUGGGGCUGCUGGGAAGGAUGAAGGCGCCGAUGAGGCGUGGAGUACAAAAAUGGGUUCUGGAGUUUCGUGAUUUAAUGUCUUGGAUUUCUUGCGUCGAUUUAGCGGCAUUGCCCCCUGGCGUUUUGGUUCAAUGACGAUCUUUGGUCAUGAUAUACCACGUCCUUUUUCCCCCGUUUAUUGGAAAGUUUUGAAGAGAUAAGUCAGAGCCAAGAUCUUUUGCUGGCUUCUGUCAACAACUAUUAGAGAACCCAUCUGAAUUUGAACUCGCACUAAAGUGCCAAGGAGUAUAUCUUCAGCGUUACAAUUUUACUCCCUGCUUUCACAGCGAGCGGUAUACUACGCGCCAAGCCCAAAGACCGUCCACCAUGUCGUUAGACGACUUGCGCUUGCGCAUUCUCAC